AUGUGUUUCUAAGAUUAUGACAGCUUAUAAAGUGAACCAAAAUUUUCAGAUGUUUUGAUGAAGCCUAAUUAUGGUUCACAGUAACUGCUCUCAUCUGCAUUUAUCUUUGUCCCGUUCAUAAUGUGUUACCAGGAUAAGAAGUUUGAGUGUUCAUAGAUUCUAUUACAUUUGCUAAGUAGUAUAGUAGCCUAGUUGAGCACAGAUAGCAACACGACGGGAUUUACGUCUCACCUCAAGUCUUUUCCCAAUCAAGUGCGCCCUUGGAAGUCUCCGUCUCCGAACACAAAUGAAGAAGCUCAUCUUCAUGUGAGUUAUCAAUAGGCUGCAUCAUCGCUCAUCUUCCCCCAUCAUCUUCCGCACCUUCUCCCUCCCUCUCUCUCUCUCUCUCUCUCUCUCUCUCUCUCUCUGUCUGUCCAUCUCCUCCCUCUUCACGCACAGAACAGUCAAGGCGCACACACGGCUGGCACAGAAACACAGGAGAGACAAUAGAGAAUAGUUUGGGUCAUCAUGGUAUUUGGAUUAUUACCGUAAGCAGCAUGCGCUCCGGACUGUGAGAUACAGGUGAACUAUCUGAAAACGCCGCUGUUCUUCUACUGGACGAAAGUUCCCGCACGUUUUCAUGUUGCCAACUGAGAUUUCUGGAGGAGUGUGUUUCACCUCAAGCGAUCACACUGAGGGAAGGAGAGAAGGGAUGAAAACAGAGGAAAGCCAGCAGUCCUGUCUGCAGCAGCCUCCAUCCUCAACGCCUUUCGGUCCGGAGUUCAGGGGAGGGGGAGAGCUGUGUGCCGGCUGCGAGGCUCCCAUCGCCGACCGCUUCCUGCUGCGCGUGAACGAGCGCUCCUGGCACGAGACCUGCGUCAAGUGCGCCGUGUGUUUGAGUGCGCUCACCGGGACCUGUUACUGCAGGGACCGACUCCUGUACUGCAAGCACGACUAUGAAAAGCUGUUUGUAAGGAAGUGCAGUGCCUGCCUGCAAGUGAUUGGCCGUUCGGAGCUGAUAAUGCGUGUGCAAGGCCAGGUGUACCACCUGGGCUGCUUUACCUGCUGCGAGUGUGAACGCCGGCUGCAAAGAGGUGAUGAGUUUGUGCUGAAAGAAGGCCAGCUGCUCUGCCGUAUGGACUAUGAGAAGGAGAGGGAGAUGCUGGCCGCUAUAAGUCCCACACCGACUGAAUCAGUAAAAAGUGAGGAUGAGGAUGGUGGAGGAGGCUCCGGUGGGGGGAAAGCUGGUGAUGAAGGCAAGGAGCACAAGCGUUCAAAACGACCACGUACCAUCUUGACCACGCAGCAGCGCCGUGCUUUCAAGGCCUCCUUUGAAGUGUCCGCUAAGCCUUGUCGUAAGGUGAGGGAGACACUGGCUGCAGAGACUGGUCUGACAGUCCGAGUUGUGCAGGUGUGGUUUCAAAACCAAAGAGCCAAGAUGAAGAAGAUAGCUCGCCGACAGCAGCAACAGCAGCAGCAGCAACAGGAACAAGAGCAGCUGGGAGGGACCCGGAGAGGACCCAGCCGAGGAGGCCGCCAGAGCAACGAUGACAGUGAGGAUGGCUCUAGUACCCAUGGCAUGGAUGGGAUACUGGGGUAUCCCUCUCUGCCACGUCAGCAACUACUUGCUCUGGACCCAAACAUCUAUGGUGGAGAGCCUUUUCGACAUGGACUUACACCACCACAGCUGAACGGCGAGCAGCUCCAUUCCUAUGACUCAGAGACAGUGUUCCAUGACCUGGACAGCGAUGGCAGCCUUGGUCACCUUGGAGACUGCCUUUUGGCAACAGGAGAUGGCAGUCUCCUGGCAGGGCGGGUGGGAAAUCCCAUUGACCGUCUCUACUCCAUGCAGAACUCCUAUUUCACCUCCUGACCCUUAUAAACUACCACCCUUCCCCUCCGGUUCCACCUUUCACCUCAGAGAUGCAGCUAACGGAGUCCGUCCAUCGUCAUGUCUGUGGGACUACUCUCCAUGAGAAUGCCUACACCCAAACACACGUCAGAGCUUUUAUCACAGGGCAAAAUCAUCCGAGGUCAGGCAUAGACACAAUAAAACUUUGAAGCAGAUUAGCAUAAUGUUUGCAUUACUAUUCCUCGAUGAGAAUCACGUGCUGGAAAUACAGACACUGUAAAUGUCAAAGAUGUGUAAGAGGACCUAGAUUUCUCCUGUUGUAUUUAUGUAAUGUUAAACAAAUUUCAUAGCACUUUCCAACAAGUACAGACAAUUAUCAAACACUUAUAUGUAUAUCAUGCAUUACAGAAGAUAAUUGAUUGUUGAAAGUGAAUUCCUAAAUCAAGUAACGUGUAUUUAGGUUUCUCAGCAGGUCUUACAGAAGCUGAGGGUCUAACCUAAAUCUGUUAAUUGCAUUUUUUUUUGGGACAGGACUAGUGAUUAGUUAUUGUGUGUGAAAGACUGCAGCGUAUACAAUUAUGUAUAUGGAUUGGAGUACUUUUUUGCUCUCAGGUUAGUUUGUAUAAUGUAACCUGGGCUUUCUCAGGAUAAUGUGCUGGAUAGGAUUAUACUUUAAUUUACCCAAUGACUCAAUGAUAAUAGAUCACAAAAAGGGAAAAUCUCUCUAUUUAAAAUGACGAACUACAUGCUUAGUUUUUGUUAAUGCAUGACAUGUAUAAUGUGGACCAAAAAUGUCUUCUUUUUUUAGCAUUUAGUCAAUACAGGGUCUUUUGAAAAGCCUUAAGUGGACACAGGGUUGUAUAAGUUAUUCUAACAUAAGCCUUCUUUCUCUUUUACAACUAAAUAAAAGAGGAGCACUGCAGUUAAGAUGACCAAUAGAAAUAAAAUGCCCAAAAGUUAGGACACUGGGUACAUGAUGAUGUACUCAAAAUGUAUAUGUGAGUAUGGCUGUGGUAUAAUUAAUUGUAGUCACUUUCUGUAAUAAUUUCCUUAUCAAGCAUCUCAAGUAAGAUGUUAGGUAGACAUUUUGUACAUUCUUCUGUGAUAAUCUGCAAAUAUUUAAACUGUAGCAUGAUGUUUAUGUGUCACAAGGUAGAUCUAAAGGAACAGCCUCUCAAGUGCCGUUGGAUGCAGAAGCAUCAGGAGAAGACUGACUCAUAAUACGGUGCAGAAUAAAUUAGAAUUAGGGUGAUACUUGUUUCAUGAAGUGCCAUUGAUCAGCUACAGCUUGUGAAAUUCUUUCAUGGCAUUAUGUUGAACUCUAUUCCCUGACUCAUGGUAUUUUUACAGUGAUAUUUUUGUGAACGUAACUUAUUUGUGAGGUAUUAGGCAAGUUCCUAUCUUAUGUUUUUUGUUCAGUGACUGCUAGGUGAUGUGCUUUGAAUGUAAUAUUGAUGUAUCUUCAAUACAACUUGCAGUUUCAUCUUUGGA